AUGGUGCACACUGCCACUAUUGUUGAGCAAGGGAUCAAAGAAGCGACUGCUGACUAUGUGAAUAGGAAGCAGUCGAUGUCAAUUGGAGCAUCUCCUCCUCCAGCGCCGUCAAAGAGAGUCCUCUACCGCUUUGCCAGGCGAUGUCCCAUGGCAGUCACUAGAAGUCAGGGGACUCAAGCGAGCAACUAUCAGCCUAGGCAACCCACACAAGCCAGAGUCUACUCACUCACAUUGGGUAAUGUCGAAAUUGAUGAUAAUGCUACCGAUGUCGUCACAGGUGCUACUCAUUCUUUUAUUUCAUCCACGUUUGUAAUGCUAUACAAAUUGAGCACUGAACCACUAGAAAAAAAGAUAUGUGAGGCCAUUCCUGUUGGUAGUGCAGUAACUUGUAGGAAAUGUGUAGAUAACUGUCACAUUGUUAUAGAAGGGAAGACUUUGCCAGCGAAGUUCGCAGUGUUUAGCAUGUUGGGCUUUGAUGUCAUUCUGAGAAUGCAUUGUCUAUCAAAGUAUAAAGAUAAUAUAGAUUGCCGUAAGAAGGAAGUGACGUUUCGGCUUAAUGGCAUUAAAGAGUUUAAGUUUUGCGGGUCUCACAUACGAGCUACUCUGCCACUUCUUUAUGUUGUUCAAGCGAUUAAAAAAGUCACAGGAUUGCCUCCUGAUCAGGAAAUUGAGUUCACCAUUGAUUUGGUACCAGAGACUCAGCCUAUUUACAAGGCAUUGUGCGAUAUGGUUCCCAUAGAAUUGUAUUUGUGA